UCUAAAUCUAUAUUAAUUGUGCACAACUCUAAACAAAAUGUCAUCUUUUUGGGGCUGCCUGCUUAGGACACAAAACAGGAAGUUGUAAGCAUUGUGGGACGUGUAGUUCCGCUUCGAGGCCGAUGGGCUUGAUAAUAACGCGAGGAAGAACGAAACAAAAAUAAAUUAGAUAAAACUUCAAUAGAAUAACAAGUUUAUCAGAUUUUCAUUGGAAUAAAUAUGCCUGGAUUCACCUGCUGUGUCCCUGGCUGCUACAACAACUCUCAUCGGGACAGAGAGCUGCGGUUCUACACAUUUCCAAAGGAUACCACGCAAAGGGAAAUUUGGCUCAAGAACAUCUCCCGGGCCGGGGUGAGCGGCUGUUUUAGUACCUUCCAACCCACUACUGGACACCGCGUCUGUAGCGUACACUUUCCCGGUGGCAGAAAGACCUAUACAGUUCGAGUACCGACGCUCUUCCCGCUGAGAGGAGUGAAUGAACGCAAGAAUCGAAGGGGCAGGAACAGGAAAGCGUCUGCGGCGGCUCCUGUUACAGCCCCCAGUCCAGGUAGUAUUGUCAUCACAAACGUUGUUUCGACAGCCCCAGGUGCCGCUGAGACCGCUCAGAGCGAUGCAGUCACCGACACAGCUGCUACUGAUGGCCCUUUCGUGGUGCAGAUCGGCCCAGACGGCGAAUACCUCGGACCUGUAAAUCCAGCCGCGCAGGGUGACGGGUCCUGUUUUACUGCAGUCGUCUCCAGCUCCACUGACCUGGCUGGGGGCGACGAUCCCCCUGCUGACGCCGCGGCCGCUGCCCAGCAGCAGACUGUGCAGUACUACAGCGUUGUCAGCAACCCGCUGGACCACGCGUACUCGCUGACCACCGGGACCACCUCGGCCGAACUACUUCGGAAGCUGAACGAGCAGCGGGACAUCAUCGCACUCAUGGAAGUGAAGAUGAAGGAGAUGAAGGCAACCAUCCGCCAGCUGCGCGUAAACGAGGCCAAGCUACAGGAGGAGGUGCGAGAGCGGGACCGUUUGCUCUCCGCAGGAGCAGCGGUAAAGAAAAUGUGACCAUCAUUCCCACCCAAAGGAUGGAUAGCUAAAGACCGUCGCGACCUAAGACUUUAACGUGAGAUGAAGGGGGUCCUUCAUGGAGAGCAGAGCAAACCCUCUUUUUUUACGAAAGCGAUGACAAUUUAUUUUCAAUAGAAGAGAUAGCAAAUUUUUGGUCUACUCAUGCUAUUUUUUUGGCUAGCUAGUUGAUAGUAAUAAUCCCAUAGUUGCCUAUAAAACAUUGCCCAAUUUAGUCCACCCGUGUGUUUGCUAAGUGCAAGCAGCCUUUUAGGGCAGUGUAAAAACAUUGGCCAAUGCAUUCUUGUGGAUUGCAUGGCUGCAACUCUGUAGCCUACUUUUUGGGGGAAUUAUUAGGCCAUUUUUUCUGGUUGUUGAGCUGUUUGUAUGUCAGUAUCUGCAGUUGAAUUCUCAUUGCAGUAUAUUAAACACCAGCUUUUCAGCUCAGAGGCCAUCCUCCAUACAAGGUUGCUUUGUGACUCUAGCUGUGGGAAGAUGUGUUGGGUAUUAUAAAAGUAUGUGUGCUUAUGAGGUGCCUAUUUCCACGAGACCUGUCUUGAUCCAUGGCUCUCUGGUUGCAAGGCUUUUACACCACCUAAAGGUUCACUGUGACUGUGUGUCUCAACCUUCUCCCAAAUAGUUUGAUACAGUAUCUGUAGUUGCCACUCACAUAUGGAUAUUAUGUUAACCUCUGACUGUUGAACUUUGACCUGACAGCAAUGACUGUUCUGAAACUUAAACCAUAACCAUUUGAAGUAAAUUUAAUUUUGAAAUAAUA